AGGACACGUGAUCAAGAAUUUGGCGGUUGAGGAGAAACUACCACACUUCCUCUUAGGCUCUUCCUCUGUUUCACAUUCCAUUGGGUCAGAAACGAAAAAACAGAGAGAAGCAAAAGGAAAAGGGAUUUGCAAGCGAUGCCAGGUGGAGCCAUCGUCUGCUCCGGUCACCGGUUUCUCUGUCUUCUUCCUCAUUCAACUCGUCCCCAACUCAGCAACCUAACUCGGUCACAACCCGUUCCGGUUCAGCUCCGAUCCAUAUCCAGUGGCGUUGGCAAUGGGAAACGCUUUAGCUCCAAAUUGAGUCUUGUUCCUAAAGCCGCUGAGUCAUCCACCACCACCACACCUUCACUCGUUUCCGACGAUGGCUUUUCCGUUACUAAGGUUUCAUUUGGUGUGGUUGGUCUAGGUGUUGGAAUUUCACUCUUGUCCUAUGGUUUUGGGGCAUAUUUUAAUGUUCUCCCAGGAUCUGAAUGGUCAGCUAUAAUGUUAACAUACGGUUUCCCUCUUGCAAUUAUUGGCAUGGCACUCAAGUAUGCAGAACUUAAGCCAGUCCCAUGCGUCACAUAUUCAGAUGCUCAAAGCUUGAGGGAAAAAUGUGCAACUCCAAUUCUUAAACAGGUGAAGAGUGAUGUUAUCAGAUAUCGCUAUGGAGAUGAGCAGCAUUUGGAUGAGGCAUUGAAGCGGAUAUUCCAGUAUGGCCAAGGAGGAGGAAUACCAAGGAGAAGUGCACCUAUUCUACAAAUGAUUCGUGAAGAAGUUACACAAGAUCGUAAAUACUGUUUGGUCUUGGUUUUCGAGGCCAAGGCUCUGCAGUUGUCUGAUUUUGAACAGAGACAGGCUAAAUUUGCUUCAUUCUUUGGGCCAGGAAUUACUGCAGAAGUUGGUAAGGGAGAAAAAGAUUUAUAUGAGGUCCGACUUAUCUCCAAUACAGAUCCCAAUGCAUCAAGUUCUUGACCAUUUUAUCCUCCUUUUCCAUGUUACUUGAUUUAGUCAAUUACAGAUCUUAGAUCCUUUGAAAUUUGUAAAAAUAUUAUAUUCAAAAGCAUUGAGUUGUUGUAUCAGGUGUAAAUUUUGACAUAGAUUAAAAGAAGAAGAAUAGCAAUUGGAAAGGAUGAGCCUACCCAAUAAGGAUCAUACUAUUUACACUGUUUUACCUUUCAUAUACAGGAACUUCUAGAAUUUGGUUGCAACUCGUCUGAAACAUGGGGAUUGCUCAAGCUUCUAGCAAGACAAUCUUGGCAUGUCCUAGGUUAUAAAAAAAAUGUCAUUACAUGUACAGUUUACUAGGGAAUAGUUCCAUAUGUUGGUCAUCCUUUGGUUUUGGCAAUUUGGUAAACAAGGAUACCCACUUCGCUAUGUUUGGUUUUGGAAAUUUGGUAUGCAAGUAUCCUAUCUAAAUUACUUUUAUCAUAUGGCUCAACCCAUUUG